GUUUUCGUUUGCGAGUCAACCGUCACGCCGAGCCGCCAGUUCUACUUCUCACUAGGAUACAUUAACUAAUCUAGAUCCUCUAUCUUCGAUCUCACGACCACUCGCACACACUCGUUCUUACUCGCGCCGAGGCCAGCUCACGCAAGACAUGCUCGUUCGAUCAAGCCAUCCCCUCCCUUCGAGGCUAAUCACUACCGACAUGUCCAUCCUGGACGUCCGAGCCGUAACGACAGGCUCCGACCAGCCGCGUCCCACACCCUCUUCAACCUCCCGAGGAAACCCAAUAGCGACCGACCUGCACGACUACAAACUGGGUCCCAUGUGUGAGGGCUCACCUUGCUUUAAAGACUCGGACUGCGAUUCGUGGUUGACAUGCAACCGUUUUGAUGCGCACUGCAGGAGCAGGGAGUCAACUCUAUCGUUGACAACAGGUGACAGCGGAACCGGAGUUACGAGCUUGGCUAGCACCACGGUUGCAGCUCCUUCGAGUGAACAUACAAUUGCGAUUCCGAGUCCGACGAUGACUUCUUGGCCUACGAGCACGAGAGGGGAUACUACGCUCCCGACGCUCCCGUCCCCAGUGGCAAACUCGACCUCUAUUAUCACCUCAACUUCAACUUCAAUUUCAAUCACAACCUCAACAUCUACACCAACACCAACCCCCUCUCCAGCGCCAACCUCUGCACGCAACCGUGUCCUAAUUUACAUCGCCAUGCCCCUUACCUUUGUCCCCCUCUUAGUGCUCGCCCUCAUAUGCUUUAUUCGCUGGAGCAGGACCCACCGCAAACCAAUAACCUUGGACGCUUCGCCCGCGGCGCAGACACCGACGCGAAGCAGACUGCCGCCGGCAGGUUUUGGUGAGAAUGAGGGCGUGUGGACGGUAAGGGGACAUCGGGAGUAUCGCAGGAGUGGGGGGACGGUGCCGAGCAGGGGACGUGUACGUGUGAGUGCUGGGACUGUGACGAGCAGAAGGGGUGUGCAAUUGAAUAGAGGACAGAAGAUUUAGAGGGCGAACGCGUAGUUGGGUGAGCAAGGCCCGGAUUAUCGAGGGACAUGGUCGUUCAAGUAAUCGGGAUAUGAAAAUGCAGACUACAUGGUCUAGCUUAUCUAAAGGUACAGGGUUUGAGAAGGGAAUAAAAUCAUGAAAAUCACGCUCUAUAAC